AUGAAUGCAGAGGAGCUAGAUGCUCUUUUCAUCACCGUUCGCGAUGGCGACCAGGCCGAAGCAAAAGAAGUUCUAUCGAAAUUCGACAUGACCUGGUUGCACAGCUCGCUGCAGCAAAACAGUGCUCUUUUUCGUCGCGGCACGACGUCGGCGAGGGAGCGAAGUGUUCGCAAGAGAAUGCGUCCGGAGAGUCCCCGUUCGCGCGAAAGAAAGAACGAUCGACGCUGCCUGGAAUACGUGUGGCAAGUUGUCGAGAUCGAUCUCAUCGAGCAACGGGCAGCAGACAAAACGCGUGGGAAGCGUCAUCGCCACGUGUUCAUCAAACUACGUGCCUUCUGGUGCCCUACGAGAAACGGGUUUGUUUUGAUCUGGACAUCAUCUUGGGCCCGUCUCCGCGAGAACUGUUCGGCGAUGUUCGGCGUCUCUGCGCCGGCGGGGCUGUAUCACGGGUGCUGGAAUCGCGAUGAAGUUGCGCAUGGGAAAGGGAUCCCUACCGAUGCCUCCCAUGGCUGGAGGCUUGCUACGGUUGGAUACGCCAACGUCAGAGCAACGCAGAAAAAGAAGCAUUGUUCUUCGCAACGCUUCGCAAUGCUCGCCGCAAUGCCUGGAGCUGUGAGAACUCGGCAGAGCGAGGAGCUGUUCAAGAGCUCGCAGGCACUCCGUGAAGUGCUGCCCCUUUAUUUAUGCUUGGGAGUGUUCCGAAGCACCGCUUUGGGGCGGCCCACAGGCGGUGUUCAAGCAUCCAAGCUUUUAGAGGAUCGCGGCAGAGAGGCCGAUGAGCACUACAGGGCCGAGGUUGUGCAGGCUGCCAAGGCAGAAGGCUUGACAGUCUGA